CCGCGGCGCUGACGGCCCGCCUUAUAUAAGAGCGGCGGGAGGGGCCGACCUCUAGUCGUCGGGUGCUGGGUGCGGGGCGCGGGGCCUGGCUAUCCGCCGCUCUCCGGCCGCUGCGGGAACAUGGCGACGCUGAAGGCCGUGUGCGUGAUGAAGGGGGACGGCCCCGUGCAGGGCGUCAUCCACUUCCAGCAGCAGGGUAAUGGACCAGUAAAAAUUACUGGAAGAAUCAGUGGCUUGACUGAUGGAGACCAUGGCUUCCAUGUCCAUGAAUUUGGUGACAAUACAAAUGGGUGUACCAGUGCAGGUUCUCACUUCAAUCCUGAAGGCAAGCAGCAUGGUGGACCAAAGGAUGCAGAAAGGCACGUGGGAGACCUUGGCAAUGUGACUGCUAAAGGAGGAGUGGCAGAUGUGGAAAUACAAGAUUCCAUUGUUUCUCUUAGCGGACCAUAUAGCAUCAUCGGACGUACCAUGGUGGUCCAUGAAAAAUGUGAUGACCUGGGUAGAGGGGGAGAUAAUGAGAGCAAAUUAACUGGAAAUGCUGGACCUCGUUUAGCUUGUGGUGUAAUUGGAAUAGCGAAGAGCUAAGUAUUGUACCUGAAAUGCUUAUGAUGACAGUGGCAAAUAAGCUGUAAUUCAUGGCAAAUGCUGUACUUGCCUGUCCUUGUGCAAGCAAAAGAUUUAUCACUUAAUCUCAUCACUACUCUGCAUUCUGAGUAUUACUUAAAACUGGUGAAGACUCAAUUUUGUAUGAUGUAUAUUGCAAUUAAACUGACUCUGAUGGAAUGUCUCUGUAGUCUGCUAAAGCAUCUGUUGUAACCAUUAAGUGUAACUUCACUCACUGGCCCCCCUGUUCUGUGUAAUGGAAGAUGCGUAGUAGCAGUCACAUCCUGAACAGCAAAACUUCCAGUGUACUGUGUGAUUUGGAGGGUUAGCCUGAAGAGCUUUGGCAAGGCUACUCACCCAAGAGCAGUAGGUACCGUUUGUAUCAGGGCUUCCUCCUGGCACAGUUGCAGCAUUUGUAGGUUUCAAACUCAUGUAAUAAAACUUGCUGGGCAAAUA